CAUGCAGGGAGGUCUAUGUGGUCCGACCAUUCAACAAACUGAGCUGUCAGUCACGGUCAGGCGGUAAAUCAGUACUGCGUUUGGGAAGGACAGCCUGAAAGUCGGCGUUAGCCAUGGCUCUCAACAUCCCCGGGGUAAUAGUGAUGGUAUUCUUCUACCUGCUGGUUCUCGGAACCGGCAUCUGGGCCUCGUUUAAAUCCCAAAAGGAGGCAAAGAAGAGGCAGGGAGAUAAAACGGAGAUGGCCUUGCUGGGAAACCGAGGCAUCAACCUGGUGGUGGGAAUCUUCACCAUGACCGCUACAUGGGUUGGCGGCGGCUUCAUCGUGGGCACAGCAGAGGCAGUAUACAACCCAUCUAUGGGUCUAAUCUGGGCUGUAAUGCCAAUAGCUGCUACCAUGUGCUUCAUCAUCGGUGGGCUGUUCUUCGCCCAGCCGAUGAGAGACAGGAAGUAUGUGACCAUGAUGGACCCUUUCCAGAUCAAGUACGGUAGAGUAGCGGCUGCUACCCUGUCACUGGCUUCACUGGUAUCAGAGAUUAUGUGGGUGACAGGAACACUCAUAGGAUUAGGUGUUACCAUGAGUGUGAUCCUGGAUUUACCCUACACCGUAAGCAUCUGGAUCUCUGCUGCAGUAGCCAUUAUCUACACCCUGCUGGGAGGGCUUUACUCUGUGGCCUACACAGACAUCAUACAGCUCAUUCUCAUAUUCGUCAGCUUGUGGCUGUGUGUCCCCUAUGCGUUGAUGAACCCCGCUUCCUCUGACAUCACCAAGACGGCCUUCAACAGCACCUUCCAGGCCCCCUGGGUUGGUACGCUGGAGGCAGGCAGAGUUUGGAGGUGGAUCGAUAAUUUUUUAUUGCUGGGUUUGGGUAACCUGGGUCUACAGAACUUCCAUCAGAGGACCCUGUCAGCCUCCUCCUCUGACACAGCCAAGAUCACCUGCUUCGCCGCGGCAUUCAUCGUUCCCACAUUUGGAAUCCCUCCCAUUCUUCUCGGAGCCGUUGCUGCAUCGACAGACUGGAACCUGACCUCCUACGGUUCUCCGUCUCCGUACGACCGUGGAGAAACCGGUUUGGUUCUGCCCAUCAUCCUUCAGUACCUCACCCCGCACUAUAUCUCUAUCAUUGGUAUUGGGGCCGUGGCUGCCGCCGUGAUGUCAUCGACUGACUCUGCCCUGCUUUCCGCAGCCUCCAUCUUCUCCUCCAGCAUCUACAAGAACAUCCUGAGGACCCAGGCGUCAGAUCAGGAGAUCCAGUGGGUGAUCCGUGCCUCGGUGGUCCUGGUGGGCUUGGCCGGAACGUCUCUCACCUUCCUGGAUAACAGUGUUCUGAUGAUCUGGAUGCUGCGCUCAGACCUCACUUACACCUUGAUGCUACCGCAGCUGGUCUGCGUCCUCUUCUUUAGCGUCUCUAACGGUUACGGCGCCAUCAUGGGCUGUUUGGUCGGCACACUGCUGAGACUGUUGAGCGGCGAGCCGUUGCUAGGGUUACCGGCUCUCCUCCGCUUCCCAGGGUGCAUUCUGGUGGACGGUGUUUAUGUUCAGCGCUCUCCCAUCAGGACCAUCUGCAUGCUGUCCUCCAUAGUCGCCAUCUUGUCAUUCUCCUACCUGGCUGCACAUCUCUUCAACAAUGGCAUGCUUCCCGAGAAGUGGGACGUGUUUAAGGUGAAAGCGCAGCAGUCACCAAAAAUACUGAGUGGUGCCAAAACAGACAAUGAGGAUGAGAGCUUAAAAACUCCAAAUGAGAAUGAUGAGUUGUCAGAAAGGAUGUUAGAUUCAUCGUGUUAGCUCAAGGUUGCAAGGAAAUUCAGUAAACAAGGAACCGCAUU